UCUACUUUUUCACUUUUUCGACGUUGAAACUUCAAAUCUCUCUGUGCACACAUUUUUACCUAUAUUUUUGAUCAUAUUCAUCUGACUUGCACCGGUUUCCGCCGCAACCUUUCCACCGAUGGCACAAUGCAACUCAUGGGAUAGAGUGUACGGCGGCUGUGUGCAGACCUGCGUGCGCAAGAAUAACAUUAAAGCUGAGAGUACCGGCGUGCGAGCAGCAUUCUUUUUUCCCGCCGGUGGCGCCUAUAAAGGUUAUUGGCUUCGAAAUCAACAUCAUCGUUAUGGCGUUAAAGAGUCGGACAAACAUUUCAUAUACGACGGGCAGUGGCGUCAUGGCAAGCGUGACGGCCACGGCACUAUGCGUUAUCGACUACCGAAAGGCACAAUGGAGCGUUUGUAUAUUGGUGAAUGGCAUGACGACAUGAAGUGGGGCGAGGGCAAGCAAUUCUUUCGCGAUGGCGUCUAUUAUGGUUGGUGGGAGCGGAAUAGACGACAUGGUGUGGGUGUUAUGUGGUAUAAUAACGGUGCAAUUUAUAUGGGUGAAUGGGAGGCGGAUGUGAAGCACGGUGUGGGCGUUUUAUUUUAUGAAAACGGCAAUCGUUAUGAAGGACAUUUUGCGCGAGGCUUCAAAAAUGGCGAGGGCACGUUCUAUCACAUGCACACGGGUCAAUUACAAAAGGGUAUGUGGGAGAAUGAUGUGUGUAAAGCUUCGAUGGUCAUUGACGACUUCCGCAAUCACGUUGACAGACCGACGCCAUAUCCCAUUCCAGAGCUCGGACUCCAGUCGCCGGAUAAAUUUGUUUGCCAAUUGUUCCAACAAUAUAUUGGCAAUGCCUUCAAGCCGACGAAGUCUUUUAAUGAGCUGAAAUGCCUUAAUUUUGCUCAUAAAAUGAAGAGCUCCACUAGGCUCGAGCCAAAAACGAUACCAAACUCUAAAUUCAGUUUUGAUGUCAAACUUCCUUGUACAUGUAAAAAGGUUGAGCAGAUGGUGCAUCUUAACCUUUGAUCUGCGACUCGAAAACUAUAUGCAAUUGCAAGUUCAUCUUCUCACCAAGCUCGAGUUAAAAACUCAAUUAAAAUUGAUGUGAGACAGUAGA